CUUUCACCCCAUCAUUCUGUCAGAAACCCUAACCACGACAACAUCACUCUUAUCAUUACUUAAGUAUCUCUCAAAUUUGAAGUGUAAAAUUAACUGAAGUCACAAAAGUGUGUUUUGUGCAAGCUUCGACCAGAGAUUAUUUUGAAAAGAAUACCUGCAAGGAUCAUCGUCAACGAAGUGCUACAUUCCAGAGAGCUGAUAGGAAUCCAACCAUCGACAACCACCGAGGCAACCUUCGGAAACUCAUCGGCGGAUCUUCGCUCUACUCUUGGAAUACCUCUAAGGACUUUUAACCAUGCAUCUUUCAUCUCAUCUCCACCUGGCGGCAAUCGUCUGCAUCUGCAUCACCUCAUCGAGUGCCUUCUUCGCGCCGUUCCUUCACGAGACGGCCUCGGCAUUGACAGACGACGUCGUCACCUCGACCCGCACCAGGAGGAAUACUCUACCGCUCAGCACACCGGAUGUCCUCGACCACGGGCUCGUCAACGGGAUCCAGCAUGUGGAUAAGAACUCGUCAACGAUGUUCAUGGUGGAAUUGUUUGAAUCUCUUUACACUGGACAUAAUCUUGUUAACCCUUCCAAGGAGGAAUGCCGUGCCAUUGAGAAGGCGGACACCGUUCGGAGCUACAUUGGUGCCGUAGAAGAUGUAAGACCAACGGAUCUUGCGAUGACAUGGCACACCUCCUUCCCGACAUUCGACCACCCCAUCGACGAGGCCGUCCAUCUCGCCGAGCUCCGAGUCCGACUCAAUACCACCUUCGACCACCCGUCUCGCCGAUUCGUCAUCCAACUCCACCAGUGGGUCAACGUCUCCUGCGACGAGGACUUGUGUCAACAACGCAAGCUGAUCCACUCAAGGAACAUCGACGCUCGCCACGACGACUUCGAUGGCCGAGAGGUGUUCGACAUCACCAAGGUUGUCCACCAGUGGAUCACAAUGACCAAUGACGCAACAUCACCAGUCGAGUACAGCAUCGAACUUCGAGCCAAACCAAUCGUCGAACCAACCGUUGACCACGACAUGGAAGUACUCAAAGCCCUCAUUGCAGCCGACAUUCACGAAGAUGUCGACAUUGAAGUGGACUCAAAUGACGUUCCCAUCUUCGGCGACGUCGAAUCAUCUACCAGUCCGCUCACCGUCAAAGACGUCACGCUCGUUGUCUUCUCCCGUGCACCAAGCUCGCCGAUCAUCCUCUCCGACGCUUACAACUCAGUGCGUGCCCGUACUCGUCGAUCAACAGACGAAGCUCGCCGACGCAAGAAGGAGAAGGAACAACGCAAACACCAACGUGACGAACACAAGCAGAGGUUGGCCGACAAGCUUCGACAGGAACGUGAACGCAGUGGACCUUGCCGUCGUGUUGAUAUGGACGUCGACUUCGGUCGCAUCGGCUGGGACGAGUGGAUCAUCUACCCAAAGCAGUUCAACGCCUACCGUUGCGUCGGGACCUGUGCUGGACCUCUGGAUAGCGGCGACAACCCAAGCAACCACGCCAUCAUGCAGGAUCUCCUCCGACUCAAACAACCCGAGAGGAGGACACCAGAGCCUUGCUGCAUACCUACCAAACUCAAACCACUCAGCAUGCUCUACUUCGAAGAGGGAUCCGUCUUGGUGCGUCACCACGAGGACAUGAUCGUACAGGAGUGCGGUUGCCGGUAACCUGACAUCGUCUUUGAUUUGAACUUUGAACAAUUUGCCAAAAACAUUAUUUUGAAUCCCCACAUGGUUUGGGAAGUCAAAAGAGACUCACACAGCAAUCUUAGAGACCUUGCAAUCUUAGUGAUUUUUAAUUAUCGUAUGUUUUGUGAACCCUUCGAUUGAUUUUCACUGCGAUUUUUAACUUUGUGUUAUCUUUAUUUUAUGAAAGAAUGUCUUUUCAUAACUGUUAUUUUCGACUUGAAGCGAUUUGUUAGGACGGGUACAAAGCACAUGGGGGCGCGGUACCACAUACAAUAACGCACAUGAACUAUCGUCCAAAAUUCACGUCUAUAUUGACAUUGAAAAUAUGACGCAGAGAGAUUUUUUUUCUCUUGAAGUUUAGCGACGGUCUUUUUUAAUAUAACCGUUUUUAUCGCUACCAAUCAUUUUCAACGGUAAUGAAAAUAGAAAUAAUGUACUCAGUACUAAAAUUAUUAUAUCGUUGUAGAUAUGAGAACAUAGCCCUAGCUAUGCAUUUUAAAAUGUAAUAAUAUAUAUUGUAUAUUUCCGUGUAAAUUAUGAAUUCAGAGAAUAUGCAUAUUAUUGAAAAUAAAUCAAUUAUAAAUUUCA